GUUGCCUUUGGUGCAAUCUAUGCUCAGGUAAAGAAAGAGAAGAAGGCGUCGAGGUGGAUCUCCAGGAGUUCCAGGACAUCGAUGAGUUCGAGGAUUAGGCUAGCGACCUCCCCCAGUCAGCUGCCUGUGGUGGGUUUGUUUACGUUGGCUACGUUUCGAUUCUGUGUACUUUGAUUUAUAUUAUGUAAAUGACUCUAGUCUUAAUAUUAAUUAUUCUUUAUUGUUAUUCGAAGCAUUGUGCUAUGAUGAGUCAUUUAUGUAAUCGCUAUGUACGUGAAUUUCUGAUCCUGGCACAUACAUGGUUCGCAUUCAGUUUACCUUCAAAACCGGGUGUGACAGUACUACUAAUUAAUAUGACCCUCUUCUGUAUUAGGAGCUUCAGACUAUUGGAGAAAGUAGACAAGUGGUUUAAAGUAAAAUUGGAUCUCAAAUAUGAAGUGAUUUAAUUUGCUAUUGUUGAAAAUAGUUGUUCAAAGAUAUGAUUGGAUAUAUCCUUUAGCUUUUUGUGGUACUUGAUAUUUUUUCCUUAUGAUUCAGUCUAUGGUGUUGUACUGAAAGCAGAGUUACGUGAUGGAAAUAAAAUUGUAGUGCUUCUACCACAGAUGUCCUAGGCAAGCCUGCUCCCAGUAGAUACAAGUAUUACUUCAAUAUUGGUAGCUUUGAUUCAUUUGAAGAUAAGUUAGAAGAAGCCUAGGAAGCUUUGGGAAUAGAUUCACAUGAUUUUGUCCCAGUAACUUGUGUUACUGGAGUAAAUUGGUUCCAAAAAGUUAUGAGGUUUGCCCCAACACCAUUUCUUGUUGGUCUGAUAUAUUUGAUGGGAAAUAGGAUGUAGAGUGAUUUCAGUAUUGGAGGUGGUCCUAGCAAAGGAAGCUGAGGUAUUUUCAGCAUUGGAAAAGCUACAGUGACGAAGAUGGACAAAAACUCCAAAAAUAAGGAUAAGCAGUUGAAGUCUCAUCCUCCAAAGAACGCUGAAUCGGAAAUCUUGCGUGAGCAUAUCAAGAAAGAGAGGGAGGCAGCAAAGGCUGGAAAACGACCAUACUAUCUGAAGAAAUCUGGUGAUCAGCGAGAUCGACUCGUCAGUCGCUACCUCGCUGCAGGCCAUGAAGCUACUCGCUCUGUACCUCACUGGAGACAAGGAUGGUGCUAUCUCUAGUCUCAAGGAAUGGUUGAGUGAUUCAGCAAUUGGAAGCAAUCCUGUUCUGCGAUUGAUUGCCGGAAUUAUAUUUAUGCAUGAGUAGGACUACAAUGAGGCUCUCAAGCACACACACUCUAGAGGAACUCUAGAUCUGUAUGUUUACCUUUUCCCUCGAUCUUUGGGUCGUGUAUAAUUUCAGUAUUGAACCAUAUGUCCAUAUGGAUGAAAUUGGACAACUGCAAAUGUUCUAUGGAUUUUAAUUGCCA